ACCAGUGAUCAUUCGUCUUCCUGUAUACUAAAAAUAAGAUCGACUGGAUCUAGUGAAUGGAUGGUGAUGUUGAACUGAAAGAAGCAGUGACAGUAGUGACUAGGUAUUAACAGACAGUAUUAGCUAAUAGUUUAGGCCGAUAGUCCUUGUUCUAUUGGAAAAAUGGAAGAAAAGCCAUGUAAUUUCCCAGAAUUGCUAGUGACAUUAAAUAUCAGAAAAACAUUACAACAAGUUAUUAAGUGUGCAUCUACAACAUUAGAGGCCAAAAAUGAGUAUGAGAAAAUUCUUGAAAGUGAUAAAGCAGUAAUAUCAACAAAAAUGGUGCGAGAAAUCUACAACACACUAAGGAAUGAAGGGCACAAAGUAUUUCUGCAUGAAAUAGUUGAAGAUGCUCUCCUUAUACCCCAGUCCAUCAGUUUACCACCUAGGAACCCUGUACUUGAGGCAAGGAUUAAUAAACUGAAAAUAUUGGAAGAAAACAGGGAGUACAAAAGGAUGACACGCAAUCUUGGACCCAAGUCCCAUGAAAAUUUUACAUUUCAAGAAGAAGUAAAAUCUUUGAACAAACAGUUGAUCACAGUUUUUAACUUCUUUCUCACUGUUGUUGCUGGAUUUGCAUUUGGAUAUAAAAGUACUGAGUAUAUGUUUGGUCAUACACUUGCUAUGCAAAUGAUGUCAGGGCUUAUUGUCGGAUUAGUUGUCUUCUUUGUUGACCUCUACUUCCUGCUCCGCUAUACCAUAUGAACAAAUUAAAUAAAUAAAAAUAAAAUGUGUAAGAGCACUCACAAAAAAAGUUAGGUUUUCUCAGAGAAUAUAGUUGGGUAUUUAUUAAAAAUGUAGAGUAUCAAAAUAUGAGCUUAAUUAAAGUAUUAACAUCUAUUGGUAGACCUAUUAAGAAAAAUUGUUGAACAAGCACUGUGACUAUAAAUAAUAUGACUGAUUCGUGAGUCAUGUUAAUUCAUGUUCAAGUUGUCUAAGGUAAUUUAAUCUUGAAAACAAGAUUAGUUCCAUGUUUAGCUAACCACAAUUAAGGAAGAUUGAACUAUUGUUUUACUUAUUUUCCAUCUUAAAAAUGGUUUUAUUGUGCUGUGUGAUUGUAUAAAUUGUGACAUUCCUUGUUUUUUUUUUGUCAUAUGAAAGUAAAAAAAUUCAAUGAUUGUAAAAAAUAAAUUUUUAAUGUAAAAUUAUGUUAAUGUACAUAAUAUGUAAAUGUAAUUUUUAUUUACAUGGUUCAUCUGUAUUUUAAAUAUUGGCAUUAUUUAAUCAGUUGUAAAGAUAAGGAGGUAUCACAAUAAAACACUUUAUUUGAAACA